AUGACACUACAGGGCCCUACUGCAUUGCUUUUUGAGUUCUUAAAAAUACUUUUAGGCGUUCUGUGCGCGCCGGCGGCCGGGGCGUUCCAGGCGCUGAGGCUCGUGCGCUGGGCUUCCCGAAGCCCUCCUCCGCCGCCCAGCGGCCGGGCUCGAGCCCAGCUCGCGGCCGAGGGCGACGAAGAGGAUGACCCUCACCGUCCCCUUCGGUUUUCCUCCAGCAGAGCCGCGCCGCUCCGCUGGACAGUGAAGCAGUCCCUGGGAACCGAGCAGCAGCGGCCCUGGUGGGUGGUGCUGCCCUUCAGCCUGUCCCUCAUGGCUCUGGUCAUUUGGUGCUUCUUUAGGCAGGAGACCAGCGCGGACCGGUGGUUGAGACGGAUGUUGCUGGAAGAGGUACCAGAGCCCAGCGACGCUUCUGAAGAUCCUGGAGUUCCGGUGGCCCACGGGGCGAGGACUUAAUGGGGUGCCAGGAGCGAAGCAACAGACCUUACUUAAUAAAAUCUUACUUA